CCUGCCCAUUUCGUGUCGCCAUGCAGGAGCCCUCGCCUAUAUAACGCGAGCUAGCACUCGUCUCCAUGCACAACAUAGUAUUCGCAGCAAAGAAAUAUUGCACCCUACAUCUGAUCACCUGCACGACGUCGCCACAGUAGCUUCGGUUUGGCAUGCAUACAUACAUAGGCAUGGGCACCGGCAACGUCAGGCGGCUGAUGGCCGUGUCGUGUCUGGCCGUCCUGGCCCUCGCCGCCGACGCGCGCCGGCCGAGCGUCCACCACGCCGUCGUCCCGGCCCAGGCCCCGGCCCUAAACAACGCCGGGGAACUAGGGGCUGGGACCCGAGGAUUCGCGAGGGCGGACGGGGCACGGUUCACGGUGGGCGGCCGGCCGUUCUACCCGAACGGCUUCAACGCGUACUGGCUCAUGUACAUGGCGUCGAACCCCGGCGACCGGAGCAAGGUGCUGGACACGCUGGACCAGGCGUCCCGCGUCGGCGCGACGAUCAUCAGGACGUGGGCCUUCAACGACGGCGGCAGCAACCGGCCGCUGCAGAUCACCCCGGGCGUCUACAGCGAGGAGGUGUUCGUGGGAGUGGACUUCGUGGUGGCCGAAGCGAAGAAGCGAGGUCUCUAUUUGAUCCUGAGCUUGACGAACAACUGGGGUGACUUUGGCGGGAAGAGACAGUACGUGCAGUGGGCCAAAGAGCAGGGCCAUAACCUGAGCUCCGACGACGACUUCUUCACGGACCGCCUCACCCAGCGCUUCUACAUGAACCACAUCAAGAGGGUGCUCACGAGAGUCAACAACUUCACGGGAGUGGCGUACAAGGACGAGCCCACCAUCUUUGCAUGGGAGCUGAUGAACGAGCCCCGCGUCCCCAGCGACCUCUCCGGGAAGACCAUGCAGGCCUGGGUGGCGCUCAUGUCCUCCUACGUCAAGUCCAUCGACGACAAGCACAUGGUGGAGAUCGGCCUCGAGGGGUUCUACGGCGACACCGCGCCGGAGCGCAGGCGGUUCAACCCCGGCGGUAGUUACAGCGCGGGCACCGACUUCAUCGGAAACAACCGCAUCCCCACCGUCGACUUCGCCACCAUCCACUCGUACCCCGACCAGUGGGUGCCGGGGUCGACAAGCGAGCAGCAGGUGGAGUUCAUGAAGAAAUGGAUGGCGUCGCACAUCGAGGACGCGGCGGCGGCGCUGCGGAAGCCGCUGCUGGUGGCGGAGUUCGGCUGGAAGUCGAGCGGCAACGCGGCGGUGGCGGCGCGGGACGACUACUUGCGCAUGGUGUACGACGCCAUCUACGCGUCGGUGAAGGGAGGCGGGCCGUGCGCCGGGGGCCUCUUCUGGCAGGUGAUGGCGCCCGGGAUGGAGAGCUGGGCAGACGGCUAUGAAGUCGUGCUUGAGCGCAGCUCCACCACCGCCGCCGUCGUCUCCCAGGAGUGCGCUAGGAUCGGCGGAAUCACGCCCUGAGGCUAGCUUGGGUGUGCGUUCCGGCUCGCGCGCGGGCGUUGGGGGCAUGCAGCUACCAUGCAGGAAGGAAGCAAGGACCCACGAGUCGUGUUAUUAGUUAGGGUAAUAAUUGCACUCGGCUAAUUACGUCAAGAUUUUCUCACAAAUAAAGGCUAACAUAUGUAGUAGUAUGUGCCAUACCGAGUAGAGAUAACUCCCGAUUGUAAAAUACUAAUAAAGAAUAAAGGUUAUUUUUUGAG